CAUCAAAAUCAUGCCAAAUAUCUUUAUUUCUUGUUUUUACUUUGCCAAUCAUAUCUAAAAUCGGAGUAUCGAAAGUAUAAGACCUAAGGCUUCCACUGCGUUUUGCUGUUGCUGUUGAAGCCGAGCACCCGCAGCACUCUCAACGUUGAGGUUUUGCAUUGACUAUCUUGGUUUUAGAAUUCGUCUCAUCUAACUUUAGCUUCAUUUACCAGAAGAACUGAGAGGAAUUCCUCAAAGAACAUAGUAUGUCAGGCCGCAAAGAAACAGUUUUAGAUCUUGCCAAGUUUGUUGAUAAGGGUGUCCAGGUCAAGCUUACUGGUGGUAGACAAGUCACAGGAACCUUGAAAGGUUAUGACCAGUUGCUGAACCUUGUCCUUGAUGAAGCUGUAGAAUUCUUGAGAGAUCCAGAUGAUCCUCUGAAGACUACCGAUCAAACUAGACGCCUUGGCCUAAUAGUAUGUAGGGGCACUGCUGUGAUGCUUGUUUCCCCAACUGAUGGUACUGAUGAAAUUGCAAACCCCUUCAUCCAAGGGGAUGGGGUGUAGUUGAUGUCAUUUUAAUCCCUCAAAAGUACUGUUUGCUAAAUAAACAGAUAGUUCCUUUCAAAAUGCCCGAUUACCUUAGAUAGUUGCAUCCCACUCUUAUUUUUGGAAUGUACGUUUGGUUUAUUGGGGACAUGAAAAAGACCGUGUGAAGUAUAUACUGUUGUAUCUGAAUGAUAACUUGGUGUAGUAUGCAAGAGUUGUCUAUUUCUUAAAGCUUGAAA